AAACGAUAUUGGAUAUUGGACGUCAGACCUUGAGUACGCCGAGGUUAUUUCUGGUGAGUCGUUUGACCAUUAAUUAUAGACAUUGAAAAUUGGAAAUUUCACUACUAAGAUACUGAAGAUAUGUAAUAAUUUCUGUAUAAGAGUUGCAUUCGAAACAUUCUCUCGGAAAUACGUCAUUAUAUAAAAUGUCAAUGUCUCACAGGACUAUGGCAAAAUAGGUGCAGCCAUUUUAGGGCCUGCAGGAGGUUUUGAUCUGUGGUGACGACAGCCAGUGGUAUCCACGUUGCUCGCGAUAACCUACGUCAGCCAGCACUGACUUCAGGCUUUGUGCGGAAAACUUGCGGCAGACUACAGAUGACUCCCACGUUUUGUAAUGCACCCGAAGAUUUCGCCCCGGAAAUUCUGCAGUGCACCCGAAGAAAGUGCUAUGAUGAUGUCAUCAAGGAUUUAACUGUGAAGCUGAAUUCAUUUGAAAGGCGAACUAUCCUGACUUUUAAACCAGUACAUACAUCCAGUGGAGCCUAGAAGGCAUGCCUUCAGACGGCAGUCUGAAUGUUUAUUUUCCCAGUCAUUUUUGGAAAGUUUAUCGCUGAUUCAGAUUCAUUAUUUUUCGAUAUGGGUUGAGAUUUGGCCCAACACCUCAUUCCGUACGUUUCGCAUUCCCCCUGGAGCUUGAUAAUGUCCUCGUAAAACACGGGAAAUGAAUGUUGUGCAGUUGUAUACAGGUUGGAAGUGGUCUUCUUAAAUCUAGACUUCUGCCUCGUGUAAAUUAAUUAAUUUAAAGAAACAACAACCGAAAGUUAGGAUAUACUAAAGUGCUUCGAAACAAACCUCUAAUGAAUAAAUUUGUAUGGUAAAUAAGACUAUGAAUUGGAUUGGUGAAAAAGUAAUCUGUUCGAACUCAAUGAAGGUGAUUGUCUUGCUUUCAAAAUUUGGUAGUAUAUUAACAUUUUAUAGGUAGUUUCACUAAGUAUGACAUUUAAAGACACUGAAUGAGGAUAUUUCGGUGCUGUGAUGAUUUUGAAGCGAAAUCUGACGUAGUGGCUAAUAGUCUCUACUUUGAAUGUUCCAUAAUCUGAGCACCUAUAUACACUUAAGAGACGUGACUUGUUUGCGUUAGCACUCAGCUUUUAAACCAACGAGUUACACUCACACCUCAACUUCUUCAAUGUAAACAGCUGGUUCGUAUCAAAGUAAGUAUAGCUUGUGUCCUUCUAGAUGAAAGAUCUUCUUCAGAUGACUGAACUCACGUACAGAGAUAUGAAUAUGCUGUUUUAUGAUACGAUUUCUUUUCUUUUCUUUCAGAUCAUGUUAUUCGCAAGGGGCGUUUGUAGUAAGUUGUCAUCACAUUUCAUUUGUAGAUUUAUUUCGAUUCAUGAUACACCCUGCUUGCAGUCAGAAAGUCUUCGACAGUACAAAUAUACCAGACUUAGUUAAGAAGUACACGUCUCUAAAAGAUAUUACGGAGAAUUCUCCAGAAACAAAUAUUCUGGGUCAUAGCAUAAUAACAGAGGAUUGUUUAACUUCAAUAGUGGAAAACAGACAAUAUUAUGAAAUGCCUAUCCUUCAUUUAUCAGCACGGAAGAAUAAUUUAAUUGCUACACUAACCGAUUGUAAUGGGAGAGUUUUGAGUGGUACAAGUUGUGGUGCUGAGGGCUUCCGAAAUGCUCGCAAAAAGUCCACGGUUGCUGCUCAAACUGUUGGCAUUUCCGUAGGACUGAGAGCCAAGAAGCUAGGGAUCAACGCUGUGCGAAUCGUAUUUUCUGGACGUGGUUCAGAUAAACUGUCUGUACUUUCUGGCCUAAAUAUUUCUGGACUGAAGAUAAUCUCUUUAACAGACGAUACAAAUGUUCAUUAUGGUCAUGGAAGGAGACCUAGAAAGCCACGCAGAAUGUAAAUUACUUGUAUAUACUUUCUGUAUUUCUUACCAAAACACUGUACAUAAAAUAUAACGUAGUCAAUUUAUCACACUGU